AUGGCGACUCAUAUGGUAGAAGGAUUGCCUCGGGUGAGGGUCAGUAAACUCGUAAACAUAGCGGAUGUCAUCGUGGUUGUUGGUGAAGCCAAACUGGUGGAGGCCAAAGCCCAAAUUCCCCUCCUGACCACUCCGCCCGCUCUUCCUCUCCUUUUUCCCAGGUCCCCGGCGCCGCCGCCCAACGUCCCCACCAAGCACCACCCGUCCGCCACUGCCACCGCCUCCCUCUCCCUCUCCACCCGCGCGCGCGCCGCCUCCCCCAGCGCCCCGUCCCCCUCGCCGUCUCCUCCGGCAGACGGGGUCGGCCCCGCGGCGCCGACGCGGGGCGACGUGUACCUGGGGCGGCAGCUCGCGGCCGCGGCCGCGGCGGGCGCCCGCACGCGCGCACCGGAGGAGGACGUCGAGAGGCGCCGCCGCCGCAAGGAGAAGCGGAGGGCCCUGGCCAAGAAGAUGACCCCAACACACACACUCCCGCUCCCAUCCUCUUCUCCCGGGAUGCAAGCAGCUGCAAGGAAGGGCGCGGCGGCGGCGGCGGCAGCGUCGGCGUCCUUCCACUCCACCGCCGCGGCGCUCUCAAAAUCCACGCCUCGUAUCCGGUUCAACGUCCGAGAAAAGCGCACAGACGCGAAGAAUGCCCUUAAGAACAUUCUGCUUACCAGAGCAUGGACUAACAUGACACAGUGUGUUUCCUUUUGCCUGUCGUCGCUGUCGGCAGUGAAAAUUCGAUGCCAAAUCACACCUGAUGGCUGAUGUAGUGUCUGCACUAGGAAAUGAAAUUCUAAAGUGACGAUUUGUUUAUCUUGACUGUAUGAUUGCUGGACAUGACAACAUUGUCUUGUUUGUAUCCUGUGUGAGCGGAAGAAGAGGCACAACCAACUGAAGACCGUGCUAUGCGGGCGGUGCAAGCUGCUGUCGCACGGAAGGUGUUUGACAAAAUGACCAAGUAAGCUAUUUUUGGCUUACAUGAAGGGAUGCAUGCUCUUCAUCUUGCAGGCUGGCAGCGGUGUUCGCAAAUCACCACGGAGAAAGUAAAGAUCUCGAGAGGAUUCCGUUUGUUUGCUCUAUGUAUUGUCUUUCGAAGUGCAGGAAAAAACACAAAAAAAUUCUAGUUUAUUUUACUGCCUUUUGUAGUAAAAGAAAAUGAAAAUCACAAAAAAAAUGUUUGUUUCUCUGCCUUUUGUACUAAUGGAGAGGGAAAGUCACAAAAAAAUGUUUGUUUUUAGGGUCGAGCAGUCAGUUGGUUUGUUGCUCACUCAGAAAUGUUUUUGGUUUUGGGGGGUUCGAUGUGUACAUUGUGCAUCAGCAUACACUGCUAGCUGCCCGUGGAGAUCAGCACUAAAGAAUAAACAAAUCCUGGUAAUUCUUUCAUCUA